GUAAAAGUGGUUGGUGAUGCCAAGUUUGAUUAAAACGCAAGGUUUUAUUUCAACUGCCUCCAACUCAGACGAGACACCACAAGAAGAUAAAAGCUUCGAUGUCAUCACUUUUUUCGUUGCCCGACGAUGUAGUUUUGAACUGUUUGGUCCGAGUGCCGGAGCGCUGUUACGGAAACAUCUCUUGCGUCUCCAAACGCUUGAGGUCCCUUGUGCUCUCGCCUGAGCUCCACCGAUUACGAUCUCUCUUGUACAAAGACUCCAUCUAUCUCUACUGCUUUAACAAGGAAAGGGUAAGCUUUCAAUGGUUCACUCUCUGUCGGAGCGAGGAGACGACGACAGAUCAGUAUCAGUUGGUCCCGCUUGCGUUACCUUCUUGCAAGAUGAUAUCAUCUUCUUCCACUGUCGUGGUGGGAUCAAAGAUAUAUUUCAUUGGCGGAUACUUUACACCCUUGUCAGUUAUAAGGAUCCUUGAUACUCGUUCUGGAAAGUUAACCCGAGGACCAAGCAUGAAUGUUGCAUGCACCCACGAAACAGCAGCCGUGGGAGUUGUCGACAGAAAUAUUUACGUGAUCAGAAGAUGUUUUGGAGAAGAUGAGAACCAAGUUGUGGAAGUGUUUGACCCGGAUCAUUCACAAACUUGGGAAUUUGCAUCCGAGGAGAUAGUGCAAUCGCUGGAAAAGAAAGUUCAUGCAAUGGAUUUUGGGGUAGACCGUAUCGGCGGUUUUUACAAGCUGAGAGAAGGCAGAUUAAGAAAGACUAUGGAGAGAAAAGGUGACAGACCAAUUUGUGUGUGUGUGGUAGAGAGUGUGCUCUUUGCUUAUUUUAGGACGGGUGGGUUAAUGUGGUUUGACACAAAGCUCAAUGCAUGGACAAGAUUGGUUACUAGUGAUGAAGUUCUGACUCUUGAAGGCGAGUUUUGUAACGUUGUAAUGUCGAAAUACGAUGGAAAGCUAGCGGUUUUUUGGCCAGGGUAUGAGAUAAUUGGUUACAUGAAGGAGGUUUGGUGUAGACUGAUCUCGUUAGAAAGCGUUGGAGAUAUUGUUUAUGGCACGAUUGACUGGUCUGGUGUUGUCGCCACAAUUCCGGUUGCUAGUACCUUUUUGCAUUGUUUAACUGUUUCUUAGAGCAAGUUUAUUGGUGUCCCAAUAUCAAUUGUCCUUAACAUGUGAGGUUGGCUUAAGAACUAGUAUAAUUACUUGCGAAGUAGUCAAGUAGGUUGUUUUGUUCUUCAACUAAUGGAAUCAUCCUUCGUUGGCUUAAGGACAC